AGUGAGUGGGGCUUGUCUUCUUUUCUCCUUUCUCCUCCACUCGUGUGUACAUUCUCCCCUUUAUUUAUUCAUCAUAACCCUACUCUGUUGCCAAGUUGCAGUACCAUUUCGAGCCACUCGUAGGCUCAUAUAGCAGCGGUACAGCUUUAGCUAGUCGACGUGAAACACACACAAAAUACUGUAUGAGUGCUGUGGUGUUGGCAUUCGCGUGACUAGUUUCUCCCGUUUCCAUAUAUAGAAAAACCAGCCGUCCCCUUUCUCCUAGACCAAACCACACUUCCUCAGCUAGUCAGCUCGGUCUCCUAGUUAUCAUAUCGCAAAUAUCAUAUCGCGUCACCGUGCAAUAGCUUCCCUCUCUCCCUCUCCCUCUUUCGUCGCGUUUCCUCGUACAAAUAUCGGGCCGGGGAUGGACUCCUCCCCACCGCAGGCGGCCGACCUGUCGCUGACGCUGGCGCCGUCGCCGGGGUCCAGUGGCGGGGUGGGAGGAGGAGAAGAAGGCGCGACGGCGUGCAUCGACGGCAAGGACGUGCGGCUGUUCCCGUGCCUCUUCUGCAACAAGAAGUUUUUGAAGUCGCAGGCGCUGGGCGGCCACCAGAACGCGCACAAGAAGGAGCGGAGCAUCGGCUGGAACCCGUACUUCUACAUGGCCCCGCCACCCAAUGCCACGGCGGCCGCCGUGCCGCCGAGUCCUCCUGCCACAGGCGGCUACGGCGGCGUCUCCGGAGUGAGUGCUGCCUGGACGGCGGCGGGGGUGGGGGUCGGUGGUCUCCCGCCGGCGCAAGCGUACGUGGGCCACGGGUACGCGGCCGUGCCGGCGUCGUUCGCCAUCGCCUCCCACAGCUCCAGCGUCGUGGGAUCCAGCGGGCUCCAGUACUACGCGCCACACGAGGGCGCAGCGGCGGCGGCGGCGGCGGCUGGGGCAUCGGCGGCGGCGGGCGACGGCACCGUCGUGCUGGCCCCCCGCGCGCGCUACGCCACGCACCAGGCGGCCUUGAGCAGCGGGCGCGCCGCAGCCGACCAGCCCGGCGCCGGCCUCGACGACCUGAUCGACAUGCUCAACUGGAGGAGGGGCUCCCACGGGCCCACCGCCUCCGCGGUCGCCACCACCGCCUCGCCAUCCAGCACCAUCACCACCUCCGCCGGCGCCGACGGCAGCAGCAACAACGACGACGGCGGGGAGCUCGACCUCAACCUCAGCCUCAGGCUCUAGCUAGCCGCCGACGGUUAAUCAUGUACCACCCUAUCUGUACGCUACUCGUGCGGCCUUAAUUAGCUCUUAGGCACGUUGAUCACUCCCCUUGCCUCCUCCUCUCCCUCCCUCCCUCCCUCUAUCUCUCUCCUCACCUGUAUGUCAGUACCCGUCUCUCUCCCUCUUUUCCUGUUUGCCAUGUUCUUAAUUGUUCAUCUUUUCUAUUCUUGAGCCUUUGUUUAA